GGUAUCAUUCAUCGCACUCCUCAGUCGAAUCUCAAAUCGCAGUCGGUGAUGUUCUGUGCAUAAACAAAUGUAUCGCAAAAUCCAAGAAAUUGUCGUUUAUUCAGUGUUUUUAGCUUAAUUUUCGUGUUCAAACGUGACUCCGAAAGGCAAAAUGAUUCACGACAUCCUUUUCACGUUGUUUUCGUCAAAUUCGGAUCUUCCAAUCGAGAAUUUCACGAUUCCGGAAGUGGCCGCCAACUUUUUGCACCCGGGGGAAAUCAAAAUCCUGGAAGAUCUCAUCCGCAUAGCCAACCAGUAUAAGGAAUUGAAAAAGUUUGUCCAUCAGUACGGUACCCAAUCGGCCGGUUUGGUGAAACCGAAACAGCAGAAACCCUCGGAAGAACCGCUGCCACAAGGACUCUAUCUGCAGGCAUUCGCCGAUGGGUUGGACUUGGCGGUAAAACCGUACCGCGACUUGAUAGUACACCUGGAGGCGUACUACCUGAAGCGGCCGAAUCUGUCGCUUAUCUUCAUCUACCACCAGGUCAAUCAGUACCAGUCGCUGUUCGGGUUUUUGCUCCGACUGGUCAGCGGAGUCGUCACGCAGCGGAUCCACGGUUGUGCACUGUUGCAGUACCUGCAGCAGAACUGUUUGCACGGCAAUGAGAAGCACUAUCAGGCUGUUAAGUUGAUACAAAACGCAGUUUACGCCAUUUUUAUCAAGCAACUGUUUGGAUGGCUACUGCAUGGCAAAUUUGUCGAUCAGUUUGGAGAAUUUUUCAUUCAGCAUGUGGAUAACACGAAGACCGCUGGUAUCGGUUCGUUACAAGGCACAACCGGGGGAACCGGGACCCAUUUGUCGGUGAACUCGUUUUCGGAUAAUACUAGUAUUAAUACGGAGCUUUGGCGCUACGAGAUUCGUCAUGAAAUGCUUCCGUAUUACUUACCCACGAGUUGGGCGGAAAAAGUGCUGUUCGUCGGGCAAACCGUCCUGAUGUUGAACUGCGAUCCACGAGAUCACACGGACAAACGAACUACCGGCGAUAGAAAGUUCGCCGCCAUCAAGGACAGUUUGUGGGGUGAUCAGGAAUGUGCCUUCUUCAAAAAGUUCCACCAACUGCAGUUAGAUGAAAAUCUGAACAUUGCCAAGUUUGAACACAUCGUAGAUGAGAUUAAACUCUGCGUUACGGAGCAGAUGUCGGAGAUUGCUAUAAAGGAAGCCGACCUGAUCAAACAGCUAAAACUGAUUAAGGAUUAUUACUUGCUCGGUCGAGGAGAGCUGUUCUUAGAAUUACUGAGACAAACAAAAUCUCUUAAAACUUUAUUCUCCAAAGGCAUAACUGAUGGAUCAUCAAGGGAUAUGAACCGAGCAUUCCAGUUGGCAGCCAACAGUGUCAACAUUACCGAAGAUGUCGAGCAGUUCUCGUUUGCUCUGCCUCCCAAAGAGGAAGUGGACAGCUUCUGCUAUGAAACCAAAGGAAUUCUCAGCUACAUCACCCUGAAGUACAAAGUGAAGUGGCCUCUGCAUUUGCUGUUUUCCCCCAAAACCCUUGACAAAUAUAACGAGAUGUUUAGAUUCCUGCUUCGAAUCCGUAAGAUACAGUACGACAUCCAUCAAGUCUGGUCGCUACAACGGGAGAACAAAGUGAAGAAAAACUCCGAACUACUCCAGUUUCGCAACAAGUUAAUGUUUCUCAUAGACAACUUACAGUACUACCUCCAGGUAGAUGUUCUGGAGAGUCAGUUUAGCAUUCUAAUGAGCGCCAUCGGCGAAACGAAAGAUUUCGAACGGAUCCAGCGUGCCCAUACAGUGUUCCAGGCGAAUGUGCUUGGUUUGUGCUUUUUGCUGACGAACAACGCCGCCGAUAUGACCACAACGGGCAUCAUCCAGGUCAACGAGAAUCCCGUUCUCACCAUUUUGGAUAAGGUUUUGGUGAUUGUGGACAAAUUCUGUUCGUUUUGUUGCAGCUGCAAGGAUCCUAUGACAAAGGUGGAGCGACAGGAAUUCAAUGGAUACGAUCAAGCGUUCAAAAACCACGUCGAUUCCUUGCUGCAGCUUUUGAUCGGUCUCAAAGCUGGCCCGAGUAGUGCACCGCUCUCUCAACUGUUGUUACGUUUGGAUUUCAAUCACUGGUUCAGUAACAAUACGCAAACUCAAUCUUCCUAAAAAAGAUAAACUGAAACGCUUUAUUAUUCGA